AUGGACGGAGAAGAGGACGAGUUCAUGUCCGGGAGUGGGAGCCACUCCGAUGAUGGAGGCGGCACUCCAGUUCAGGAUGAACAUCAGACAUCAGACAUGGAGGACAUGAGUAGCAACAAACACAAUUCUGAGGACGAGGGAAGCAAUGCCGAGGAAGCGUCCUACAGCAAACGUCAGGACGACAGCGACUCUGAAAACGACGCACGUAGAGGCGCCGACAGCGACUCGGAAGCGGAAGCACCCGCUCGCCACGGCAACUACAGCCAGAGGAGUGACUCAGAGACUCCCGUCGACCGUGAAGAUCCUGGAAGCGAUUCAGAGGCAGAACCGCCGCGGCCUGCUGACAGUGACGAUGACGACGACUCGGUGGGCAAACGCAGGCCGAGCGCAUCGGAAGAUGAGGACGGGGCGCCGGUCAAACGGGCCGUCUCGGACGCGGAGGAGGGCGAGGCGUCGUCCCCCAUGGGGCACAGGGAAAGCGGCUCUGACGCAGGCAAAGCGGCGGCCACGGACAGUGACUCUGACAAUGAGGACGGCAAAGUUAAAUCCGCCGCCUACAGUGACUCUGACACGGAGACGCCGGCCGAACGCAAGGCAGUAGUGCCGGACUCCGGCGAUGAGUCUGACACGCGGCAGGGGGACGUUGAAAAAGGGGGCGGAGGCAAAUGGAAGGCCGUAGUGCGCUCGGACAGCGAGGAGGAUGACGAUGGCGAGGGGAGGAAGGGCGGCGGUGACGCCGAGAGAUCUGACGGAGGACCUCGUGAGGUGCAAAAAGCCUCGGACGACAGCGAUGAUGACAAUGAGCAACCAGUGAAGAGAAAGAAGGCCAUCCUCUCAGACAGCGAUGAAGACGAACAGACGGACAAACCAGCGGUUAAGCGGAGUCGCGCCGUCUCCGACGACGACGGCAACUCGGACAGCGACAGCGAGUCGGGCGGAAUCGAUAAGAGCAUGGCAGCUAAGCUUCGAGAGCUGGGUUCAGACAGCAGCAGCGAUGACGAUGAGCGCACCAAGGGUGCGGCGGAGGGCAAGGACGAGAAGGCGCUAUUUGGGAGCGACAGCGACGAUGACCACGAUAACCAAGAGGAGAAAAUGAUCGCAGACAUCUUUGGGGAGUCUGGAGACGAGGAGGAGGAAGAGUUCACGGGUUUCAACCAGGAGGACCUGGAAGGUGAUAAGAAGGAAACCAAAGAGAAACAGCCGGAAAUGGAAGACUCUGACUCUGAUGAGGGAGUCCGCCACGGAGGCCAUGACACCAGCUUCAUGUCGGACUUUGACAUCAUGCUGGCUCGUAAGAAAGCCAUGAGCGGCAAGCGGCGACGCCCCCGAGACGGCGGGACGUUUAUCAGCGAUGCCGACGACGUAGUCAGUGCCAUGAUCACCAAGAUGAAUGAGGCAGCCGAGGAGGACCGAACGCUGAACAGCGCCAAGAAACCAGCACUGAAAAAGCUCACUCUAUUGCCUCAAGUGGUCAUGCACCUGAAAAAGCAGGACCUAAAGGAGACGUUCAUCGACUGUGGCGUCAUGUCGGCUAUCAAAGAGUGGAUCAGCCCACUCCCCGACAAGUCGCUGCCGGCACUCCGGAUCCGAGAGGAGCUACUCAGGGUCCUGCAGGAACUGCCCAGCGUCAGUCAGGAGACGCUGAAACACAGCGGGAUUGGUCGCGCCGUCAUGUUCCUCUACAAGCACCCCAAAGAGUCGCGAUCCAACAAAGACUUGGCCCUCAAGCUCAUCAAUGAGUGGUCGCGGCCCAUCUUCGGCCUGACGUCCAACUACAAAGGAAUGACGAGAGAGGAGCGGCAGCAACGUGACCUGGAUCAACAGAUGCCUCAGCGCAGGCGACUCAGCUCCGGAGGACAAACUCCCCGUCGAGAUCUGGAGAAACAGCUAACGGGAGAGGAGAAAGCACUGCGGCCCGGCGACCCGGGUUUCUGCGCCAGGGCUCGUGUACCGAUGCCCUCCAACAAAGACUACGUCGUUCGCCCCAAAUGGAAUGUGGAGAUGGAGUCCAGUAGGGGACCUAUGAAGAAGGGGAUGUCCCGCGUGGACAAACAGAUGCGUCGCUUCGCCGACAUCCGUCGUCUCACCAAGACGGGACAUGCCGUUAAAAUUAGCGUGGAGGGAAACCGCAUGCCACUCUGA